AUGCAUGAAUACACUAACUUUAAAAGUAUAUCAGGUUAUAAAGGUGUUAUAGCUAGUUGUAUUCAAAUAGAUAAAUUAACAAAUGUAAUCUUUGCUAAUAUGCAUCUACCAGCAGGAGAAGGAAAAAAAGAAGAACGAUGUAAAUUAUGGUCAAAAUUUCUUCAAAUAUAUCAAGCAAAUAAUAUCAAAAAUGAUUAUAUGUUUGUUUUUGGCGAUCAAAAUUGGCGUACAUUAAAUACUUUGAGUGUUGAUAAUAUUCUCAAAGCAAUCAAGAAACAAGAGUACAAAACAAUACUUGAUAAUGAUGAAUUAAUACAAAUGCGUCAAAAUGAUAAUACAGGAUCUACUGCACAAUGUUUGAGUAAUUUUUUCGAAGCUCCUAUUACAUUUCCACCAACAUAUAAAUAUAUACUGAAUAGUGAUGAAUAUCAAACAGAAAAGGAUAAAGAAGUUCGUCGUCCAAGCUAUACUGAUCGUAUUCUUAUUUCAACACUUUCGAAUAAUCUUGAAAUUCUUCAAUAUUCAGCAAUGAUUAUAAUUAUCUGCAUACUCAGUGUUCUUGCUAUUUAUCAUUUUAUAAUUAAACGUCGCAUAAGAAAAGUCAAUAUUCAACAAGUAUCAUCAAUAGAUCUUUCUGGUACACAAUCGAAUCCAGAAAAUACAGUUACAAACAAUUAA